CCUUAAAGGUAGGGUGUGUAGCAGCAGCCGCCUCCUGACAGUCAUCGGCCUGGUCCAACGAGUCUUUUCGUAGCUUCCCUUACGCAAACAUGAGCACAACUCUGGGCUGGCUCUAUGCGCUGGCCGCAGGUUUCCUUUCCACUUAUGUUGUGCAGAAACUCUGCUUCCCGUACUUCUGGCGGGAUCUCCUCUUUCUGAUGAAGGUGAUCAGGUAUGGAGUGAGGCUGGAGCUGUUUAAACUGACAUCCAGCGUGCGUACAGUGCUGGACCGGUUUAUCGAGCAGGCGCAGCGAAUCCCCAACAAGCCGUUUGUUAUUUAUGAUGGCACAGUUUAUACCUACAGGGAUCUGGAGCUGCGAAGCAACAAACUGGCCAACGUUUUUUUCCAUAACAUGCGCCUGAAGAAAGGAGACUGCGUCGCCUUGCUCAUCGGUAACGAACCCGAUUUUGUCAGCGCCUGGUUCGGAUUGGCAAAGGUUGGCUGCUCAGUUGCGUUUCUUAACAUUAACAUAAAGUCGAAGUCGCUACUACAUUGCUUUGACUGCUGUGGGGCCAAAACCCUGAUAAUCGGCUCAGAUUUAUUGAAAUGCCUCGAUGGCAUCCUACCCAGCCUUCUGAAGAGCAACAUCCAAGUGUGUACUAUGAAGAGCCAUUGUGAGCAUCCACAAGUGCACACUCUGCAAGACAAGAUUGAUGCAGCAUCCGAUCGCCCUGUACCAGCUGUGCUGCGAGCCACUAACUCUCUAAAAACACCAACUCUGUACAUCUUCACCUCUGGAACAACUGGUCUACCUAAGGCUGCAGUGAUAACUCACCUCCAGAGUCUGAAGGCAGCAGGAGGUUUCUGGGCAUUUGGAGCAAAUGAAACAGAUGUUAUUUACAUCCCUCUGCCGCUCUACCACAGUGCAGCAUCGCUCAUUGGUAUUGGAGGAACCAUAGAGCUUGGAGCUACCUGUGUCCUGAAGAAGAAGUUCUCAGCAUCCCAGUUCUGGACUGACUGCAAACAAUAUGAAGUUACUAUAUUCCAGUAUAUCGGUGAACUCUGCAGGUACCUCUGCAACCAGCCAAAGACAGAAAUGGAUCAGGCCCACAGGGUUCGAAUGGGAGUUGGGAAUGGACUGCGUCAAGACGUCUGGCGAGAGUUCCUGACUCGUUUUGGUAACAUAAAGAUGUGUGAGGUGUAUGGCUCAACUGAGGGAAACCUGUGUUUCAUGAACCACAUUGGCAGGAUUGGAGUUGUCGGUCGCUCCAACUUCUUCUACAGGCUACUGUUCAAGUAUGAUCUGGUUAAGUAUGACAUGGCUAAAGACAAACUAGUGAAGGAUCAGCAUGGUUUCUGUCAGCGAGUAAAAAAGGGAGAGACAGGGCUUUUGCUGGCCAAGGUGAGCACCCUUAGCCCCUUUUUUGGAUACGCUGGAAGCAAGCAGCUGACUGAGAACAAGCUGAUGAGGAAUGUGUUUGUUAAGGGGGACACUUACUUUAACACAGGUGACCUCAUGGCAGAAGAUCGGGAUGGCUUUAUCUGCUUCAGAGACAGAGUAGGAGACACCUUCAGGUGGAAGGGUGAAAAUGUUGCAACUACAGAGGUGACAGAGAUUCUUGGGAUGGUAGAUUUUAUUCAAGAAGUUAAUGUGUAUGGAGUGGAAGUACCAGGACAUGAGGGCAGGGCAGGAAUGGCUGCCUUGAUUGUAAGACCCGGGCUAACGUUUGACGAGAAGAAACUGUUUGAACACGCCAACAGAGAUCUUCCAACAUAUGCCCGUCCACUCUUUGUAAGGCUUCAGAAGGUGAUGGAAACAACAAGCACUUUUAAACAACAAAAGUUCCAACUGGUGCAGAGCGGCUUCAACCCAAAAACUAUCGCUGAUCCACUCUACGUGCUGGACUACCAACAGAAGAGCUACAUUCCUCUAACAAACCAGAUAUACCAGGACAUCGUCUAUGGAGGACGCAAGCUAUAGAAACCACAUGUAUGACUAUGGAGACAUAAUUGAACUGAGUGUCCAAAAGAGCUAAAAAUGAAGCUUGUGUUUUUGUUCUGUAUUUUUUUGUCUGGAAUCACUGUGAAAGAUUGUUCAGUCAGCAAAGAAGAGAACACGAGGAGCUGUGGACAGUUUUGUCUACUGAAUUACUUUGAUAAACAAUAUGAAUCUGAAUGUUAUCGCUCUAAAUUAAUGUCCUGUGAAAUUAUAGAAUCAUGAAUUUAACCCCUAAAAUUCACAAAGACGUUUAUAGCAAGAAGAAGCGUAAUUCAAAUUUAGUUUAGUCUAUGUAAAGAGAUGUAACGCAUCACAGUGUCAACAUGUUUUCACGAAGAACCUUUCAAGAUUUUAUAGUUGCUGCUAAAGUUACAGAAGACUGACAUCUUGAAGAAGGCUGCAUAAAGAUGUUGCUGUAAAACCCUCCUCAGGCUUCCAAGCCUCAGUGUGACACACAGGCUCACAGUGAUCUGUGCUCAUACAUUAUGGUGGCCGAUUUGUCGUUAUUUUGCAUUCAUGCAUACAAAGGUAUGAUCACAGAGCUGUUCCUCCUGCUUACCAUGUGCAAGGGACUUUAAAAUUUGUUCUGGUACUACAACAUGACAAUCCAGAAACCAAUUCCUUAUUUAAAAUUUUUUUCCCAUAUUUACUACAAAAGUGAUAAAUAUAUUUAUUAAGUAUAAUCCCUUUGAAAUCACUGAAUAAAAGUUCUGCUUCCAGAAGAAAUGA